AUGGCGACCACGAACCCAUUUGAUCUUCUGGGCGAUGAUGAAUACGAUGACCCAAGUCAGCUCAUUGCUGCUCAGCAGCAAAAGCUGGCUAUGGCUCCCAAGAAGACUCCAGUUCCUGCUCAGCAACCGACUAAGCAGCCAGCCAAACUGCCUUCCAAGCCACUCCCUCCAGCUCAGGCUGUGAGGGAGACCAAAACUGAAGUUCAGCGUGGAGGUGGGCGUGGCCGUGGGCGUGGUGGACGUGGAUUUGAGCGAGACUCUGCUGAUAAUGAUAAUACAUUUGUUAGCAGCAAUGGAUUUUCUGGAGGAUACAGACCUUUAGAAGAUAGAGAUGGUGGGAAGCCCUCUGAAAGACAUGGAAAUGGUGGACCUCGUGGUGGUUUCCGUGGUGGUCGUCGCGGUGGAUUCAAUAAUGGAGAAGUUGUGGAAGGGGAACGCACUCGCAGGAUAUACGAUCGCCGUAGUGGGACUGGACGUGGGAAUGAGUUUAAACGAGAUGGUGCUGGCCGUGGGAAUUGGGGUACUCCCACCGAUGAGAUUGCUCCUGAGUCUGAAGAACGGGAACCUGUCAAUGAAAGUGAAAAGAUUGUCGAUGCCGAGAAGCAAUCUAGCCAGGAAGAUGUUGGAGAUGCAAAGAAGGAUAAUCCUCUAAAUGAGCCCGAAGAGAAGGAGCCAGAAGACAAGGAGAUGACUUUGGAAGAGUACCAGAAAGUACUCGAAGAGAAGAGGAAGGCCUUGCUGGCACUUAAGACAGAGGAAAGGAAGGUUCACUUGGAUAAAGAAUUUGAAUCCAUGCAAUUGCUUUCCAGCAAGAAGAAUGAUGAUGAAAUCUUCGUUAAAUUGGGUUCUGAAAAGGAUAAACGUAAAGAAGCUGCUGAAAAAGAAGAGAAAGCCAAAAAGGCUGUCAACAUAAAUGAGUUUCUGAAGCCUGCUGAAGGGCAAAAUUACUCCCGCCCUGGCGGCCGUGGCCGGGGACGUGGCCGUGGAAGAGGAGGAUACAGUGGCAAUGAUGUGAGGAGCAAUGUGGAAGCACCAGCAAUUGAAGAUGCUGGGCAGUUCCCUACUUUGGGUGCUAAGUGA